GCCCCCUGCCCCGCCCCUAGCCAUGGCGCUGCGGGGGCUGUGGCUCGUCCGGCUGCAGCCCGGGGCCGCCGCCGUCCGGCUCUUCUCCAGGCGUUACCCCACUGUUGAAAAACGAGCCAAAACCUUCAAUGGAGCAAGCUACGUAACUUUGCCAGAGGACAGCAUCUUUCUGAAGGCUUUGCUUUUUGAACUUAGGCUGACGGAGGAGGACAAGAACUUUGUGGACCAUCGAGAUAGCUGUUCUCGAAUCAACAAGACUUCAGUGUAUGCACUUCCUGUGGGAGGUGGAGAUCUCUGGCCUGUCCUUGCCUUUCAGAAAAGUGGAUUGCUAUACGUUUGUCUUCCCCUAGUUGAACAGUCCUUGAAGCCGCGCCCUCCCCUCAUUAACAUUAGUGGAAUCUCACAAGCAUUUGCUAUCUUGUCAGGAUUGCUAGUCUUCAUUAACUCCAGUCAGAAGAACGAAGCUGAGAUAAAUGCCAAAGUAGGCCAGCUUCCAAAUUUGCUCAUGCAAGCCUGUCCACUUGGCACCCCGUUAGACACUAAUUUGAAUGGCUUGUUAGAUAGCACCCAGAUUGCUUCCACCAACCACACACAGAAGCAACCAGUGUGGAGAGUGAGCACGUACAAAGGCAAACCUCAGGUUAAUGUUUGCAUCACUGAAAAAGUCAAGUCCAUGCAAUAUGACAAAAGGGAUAUUGCAGACACGUGGCAGGUUUAUGGAACUGUAACUUGCAAGUGUGAUUUAGAAGGAGCUGCAUCAAAUGUAACUAUCAGCGUGAACCUCCCUGCCAACGGCUCUCCACUCCAAGAUAUCCUGGUCCAUCCCUGUGUGACCUCCCUUGACUCUGCAAUUCUUACUGCUAGUAGUGUUGAUGGAUUGGAUGACUCUGCAUUCAGUGGGCCUUACAAAUUUCCUUUCGCUCCUCCUUCAGAUUUGUUUGACUUAUGCUACUAUACUUCCCAGGUGCCUGUCCCACCAAUUUUGGGAUUUUACCAAAUGAAGGAAGAAGAAUCACAACUAAAAUUAACAAUAAAUUUAAAGCUUCAUGAAAGCGUGAAAAAUGCUUUUGAGUAUUGUGAAGCACGUAUACCCUUUUUUAAUAGGGGUCCAAUCACUCAUUUGGAGUACAAAGUUAGCUAUGGGCAGCUGGAUUUAUCACGGGAGAAAAGCUUGCUGGUUUGGGUUAUAGGACAAAAGUUUCCCAAAUCUUUGGAAAUUUCCCUUUCUGGAACAGUGACUUUUGGUUCUAUUAAUAAAGAGCAUUCAAUUGAUCCAAUAUGCACUGGGAACACUGCAUAUAUAAAACUGUAUUUCAGGAUCCCAGAUUAUACCGUCACUGGAUGUUAUACAGACCAGCAUUCUGUUCAGGUCUUUUCAUCAGGAAAACCAAAGAUUAAUACAUCCCGGGAAUUGAUUUCUUCAGAUUACUACAUCUGGAAUUCCAAAGCACCGGCACCUGUAGUGUACAGAACUUUAUUUUUCUAAUUUCCCAGUGAAAGGUUUUGUAUCAGAACAGAAAUGACAGUGAAUGAAAGUAAUGUUAACACAGUGAAAAAUAAAUUUGCUAUAGUAUUUUUAA